AUGGAGUCUGUUCCCAAUUAUAACAGCAUCAUUCACUCCUCACCCUUCACCUUCCUCGUCGGCCCACGACAUACGAAACUGACAAUUCAGUCGGGGCUCGCCGAACAUGUCUCGAAACCACUCGAUAAUCUCAUGAAUGGCCCGACAAGGGAAUCGAAACACCGAAUCGCCGUAUUGGAAGAAGAGGAUGUAGAAACCUUUGUCGCUUUCUGCGAGUAUGCAUAUACUGGAGAUUAUAGCGUGCCUCGUCCGGAGCCAGAGGCCCAGGAAGAGCCCAGGGUUGGAGUAGUCGAAAGCGCACCGAAUUCCGCAACUUGGAGAGCCCAUUACCGAGCUGGUUCUAUCUCAUCGGUUGUGCCACCCCCGGCGCCGUCGCCCCCGCCGCAACACCGCCACCGAGGGGAUGAUGCGACUUACCACCAGCUCCAACCUGAACCGUCUAUGUCUCAACCGGGGGAACAUUUUGCCUUCGAGGUGGCCAAGGAGCCCGAAGCCCCCACCGAUGCCGUAGAGCACGAAGUCGAGACGGCCCCUGAACCUGAGGUUCCAGCUUCCGCACCUGAGCCCGAGCUCGAGCCCGAGAUAUACCAGGAUGCGGAGGGUACACCAGAGGCACCGGCACCAGUCGAGGAAGCACCUCCCGCCGACGAACAAUGGGCAAAUUCAACCCAACAACCGGCGUCAUGGGAGCCAGAAGAGCCCAAGGCAAACAAGAAGAAGGGGAAGAAGGGGAAGAAGGGCAAAAAGUCAAAUCUUCAACCUGAGUUUGUUGAGGAACAAGUUCCUGCACCGGUUGAGCCUGUCAAUCUCACACCACCAUCCACACCACCUCCAGAAUUUGCUGCCGUGCCUCUUCCCGAGCCAGCAGCAGAGUCUGCUGAUCCAUGGGACACCCCGACAGAGCCUGCCCCAGAACCAGAAUCGACUCAGUAUUACGAACAGCCGAUCGAGGAACCUACUCCUAUGACGGAAGAACCUUCUCCUGCUGCCGAAGAACCUGCGCCUGUAGAGGAACAGCCUGCGGUUGUGGUGGAAGAACCGAAGGAGGAAUUGUGGACUCAAGACAGAACUGAAGACAAUGAUGUCACUCCAGGGCAGCUCCAAAGACCAAUGCUCGACAUGUCCUUUGCCCAACAGCAAGCCUCAUCACCAUGCGAGCCGGGCCUCAACCUGUGGGAUGAGUUCCUUUCGCUGCAAUACAACGACGAGCCAGCGGUCUCCAAGCCCUCACGCGUCGACACAGGAUCCACGGAUCUUCCCUAUAUCACCUUCCACGCGAAAGUCUACGUCUUUGCCACACGUUACUUGAUCCCUGCUCUGGCACAGCUCUGUCUCCGAAAGCUGCACCGAGAUCUUCUCAUCCUCGCCAUGCCGGAUGGUGAAAGCAUCGGGCCAAGUGAAUCGCAAAUUCUAGACGGCUUGGCUGCAUCCAAGGCGCAGAUGGUGCUUGAGCUGCUGCAAUAUACGUACACGAAGACGGCCCGAUUGGAGCCAAUCACGCCGACAUCCGCAACCCAGCUUCGGGACAACGAGUUGCGUCGACUGGUCGUUCACUACACGGCGUGUAAAGUGAAGGAAUUGGCACGAUAUCACUCGGCAGAUGAUUCAAUCACGGUGACGCCUCCUUUGCAGCCGGUGGAUCUGAAAGUGGAGCGAGUCGAGACUCCUGCGCCUAGAAACCUCCGUUCCUUGUUGGAUGUGACAACGGAGUUGGCCUCUGAUCUUGUCUAUCGUUUGAUGUGA